AUGUCUCUCCCGACAACACUCCCGGCAAGCUGGUACUCGAGUCCAGAACUGAUGCGGCUCGAACGUCGCGCGGUGUUUCUGCGAGCAUGGUUCUUUCUGGGUACCAUCCAGAAAUUCGAAGCUGGCAGUGAAUGGCGAUACGAGAUUGCUCAGGUCCCAUUUGUCGUUCGAACUCAACGUCCGGCGGAAAGCGGCGAGAAGAUAGUAAAGACGUUCCACGAGACGACGGGCGAAGAGCUCCUCAGCCACCAAACCAGGACGGGGCUUGUCUUCAGUACCAUCUCUGCCGACGCCCCGUCGUUCGACGAAUACUUUCCGGGUCUGGAGCAGCUGCUUGACCGGCACGACUUCACGCAACGGCCUCACCGCAGGGUACUCAGCUACCCAGGGAAGUACAACUGGAAGACCAUGAUGGACGGGUUCCAGGAGUGUCUGCACUGCCAGUUCGCCCAUCCCGGUCUUUCCAGGCUGUACCCGCCCACGUUCUACCGGGUCGUCAACCACCCGAACUGGUCUCAGCACUUCUCCAACCCGGACCGCGACGACGACGGGCUCUUCCUGUACUUCUUCCCCACCACGACGCUGAACAUGUACAACGGCGGCAUGUCUACGUUUCGCGUCUGCCCUUCCUCCGCGGACCCCGGCGUGUCCAGAAUGGAGUACGACUACUACCACGAGCUGACCGGGGAGAAGUUCGAAGACUACUAUCGCUUUGUCCGCGAGGUGGCCGACGAAGACCACCAGCUCUGCGAGUUCACCCAGUCGAAUCUCGACAAGGGGAUUUAUUCCGAGGGAUAUCUGAACCCGGAGAAAGAGGUCGGAGUCAUUCACUACCAGCGACAGGUUUUUGACAUGGUUGCCGCACAACAUCUGAGAGAAAAGGAUCAGUUGGUCGCGUGA